AAGCUCCGGAACCAACCCGGAACAUUGAUUUUUUUUUUCUUAAUUGUUUUUUUUUUUUUUUCGGGAGAGAAAGGUCUUCGGAAGCAAGCUAAGUCAUGGCAACGAUUUCGCCAGCUAUACUACUCUUAAAUUCUUCUAGAUCAGUUUCACCUCUGAGAUUCCCAACAUUCUCGGGAUUUUCUUCUUCUUCUUCUCCAUUCGCUAGAUCCUGCCGAUUUGGACGACGUUAUCUCGAACCCCUUUCCAGCGGAAUGCUUUCGUCGGGAAGCAGAGCCGACGGUGUUACGGCGGCGGCUGCAUCGGUGGAAGGAGUGAUGACGGAGGCGAUGAAGCUGAUUCAAUCGGCAUCACCUACUUGGAAAUCCGCCGUGGCUAACAAUUUAUUGAUUUUUGUUCUUGGUUCACCGCUUCUUGUUACCGGAUUGUCCGCUUCUGGUGUCGCCGCCGCGUUUUUGCUCGGUACUCUAACUUGGCGGGCUUAUGGCUCUGCUGGUUUCCUCUUAGUCGCUGCUUAUUUCGUCAUAGGAACAGCUGCAACAAAGGUUAAAAUGUCGCAAAAGGAAGCACAAGGUGUGGCCGAGAAGAGAAAGGGUAGAAGAGGACCCCGCAGUGUGAUUGGUUCAAGUGCUGCUGGUUGUGUCUGUGCUUUUCUUUCAAUAUAUCAAGUGGGAGGAGCAGCUUUUUCACAGCUUUUCCGGCUUGGCUUUGUAUCCAGUUUCUGCACUAAAGUGUCUGACACUGUCUCUAGCGAGAUAGGCAAAGCUUAUGGAAAAACAACGUAUUUAGCCACAACAUUUAAGAUUGUACCAAGAGGAACCGAGGGAGCUAUGAGUAUUGAAGGAACAUUGGCUGGACUUUUAGCAUCAUUUUUUCUUGCCUCUGUUGGCUGUUUCCUGGGUCAGAUUACUCCUCCAGAAGCAGCUGUAUGUGUACUAGCUUCCCAGAUUGCCAAUCUUGGGGAGAGCAUAAUAGGUGCUUCUUUUCAAGACAAAGAAGGAUUCAAAUGGCUAAACAAUGAUGUAGUCAACGUGAUCAACAUAAGCUUGGGAAGCAUUGUGGCGAUUUUGAUGCAACAGUUUAUACUACAGAAUUGGGUCAAGUAAAGCCUAUGAUGAGGGUCAUGUCUUUCUUCUCAGUGAGGUUAGAUUUAAUCUUUUGUUGAGCAACAGUAUGUAUUCUAUUAUGUGUAAAUACAAUCUGUUAUGUGCAAUGAAUUAGUAGUCCAAUAAAACUUCUGAGACCUUCAUUGUCUAGCACUUAUUAUAUGAUGUCUUUGAAUUGAA